AUGGCGGUUCAGGACGCCGCGAGGCCGCACAAGAGCAGGCGGGUGCUGAUCGUGGCGUGGGCGGUCAUAUCCACGCUCCUCAACUUCCUCCUCCUGCUUCAAACGCGCAACCCCGAUACAAGCACCAGCAGUGCCAUCAGCGGCACGUCGAGCCUGCAAGGUACUGUGCCGCUGCAAGCCUCCCCCACGCUGCUCAACUCCCCCCUCUAUCCGCGCGGCCCCGUUCAUGUGCCCGCGGAAGCGGCCUGCUGGCACCGCCAGCGCUACCCCGCCUCGCUCAGAGAGGCGGUGGAGGGGCGCACGGACCCGUGGGCGCUCCUGAAGGGCUUCCUCACCUCUCUGAGGGAGGCGGUGGAGGGGCGCACGGACCCAUGGGCGCUCAUGAAGUGCUUCCCCGCCUCCCUCAGAGAGGCGGUGGAGGGGCACACGGACCCGUGGGCGCUCAUGAAGGCCAUACCACCCCCAUCCCCCUGCACGGUAGCACGCCUGCAGAUAGAGCAGCUCGAGCCGCACCUCAACUCCACCUCUCCCUCUCCCCUAUGCACCCCCCUGUACCCAUUUCAGGCCAUACCACCCCCAUCCCCCUGCACGUUAGCAGGCAAUUCGUCCUCCCUCCCCAUGCACGGUAGCAGGGUUCCAGAUAGAGCAGCUGGAGCCGCAUCUGAACUUCCGCCGGGGCUAUGCUCUGAGGCACACAGGAGACGAGCAGGGCUAGAGCAGCUAGAUCCGCAUCUCAACUUCACCUCUCCUCCUCCCUCCUGUCCUGUGCCCUCCUCCCCUUCAACUCGCACCUGGCACCAACCACCAGGCCAUACCACCCCCAUCCCCAUGCACGGAGACGCAGAGGACCGCCUGCACGUGCUGCCGUACUUCAGGGCUUUACAAGACCCAGCCAUGGGGAGACGACAGCGUCGGGUGUACCUAGACUUGGGAGGAAAGGAGUUCAAUUCGAGCGUGCUGUGGAUGCUCAGACACUACCCCCUGGAUUUCACGGAGUUGCAUGUGUUUGAGGUCAAGAAGGGCUUGUUUCUGCUGCCACACAGACGAGAGCAGGAUGAUGAGGCCCAAUACCCUGAGAUCCUACCAAGAAAGCGCCUCGAGAAGGUGUCGGUGUUCUGGCGGGGGGACGAGCCUCCUCCAGUUCCAAACUGGAUGGUGGACAGGAUCCAUAUUUAUAACGACUUUGUGGACAACACGGAUUACCAUACCGGCACUCGCUUGAUCAAGGUCGUGCUCGUGGUUGCAGACUCACAGCAGCGGACACGCUGCUGCUUCUGUGGCACUCUGUGGCCUCGUGCAGCCCUCUCACUCAUUCUGCCUUUCCGUGUGUUUGUGUGUGUGCAUGGGUGCAUGUUAUCCCCACACCACGUCCGCAGAAGCAUCAAGAACGUCCUCAGGCUCACAGCAGGAGACUCAAAAGCAGGAGACACUCCAGUGGUGAUGUGCCACGCUGUGGCACCCCUCUCACUGCGUCCGUAUGCCACCCAUCCCCUCUACCCACGUGUGCAGAAGCACGUGAACAUCACUCGGUUCAUCAAGGACGUCCUCAGGCUCACAGCAGGGGACACGCUGGUGGUGAAGAUGGACAUAGAGGGCAAGGAGUGGGACGUGCUACCUGGUGAGUCAAUCUGUGUGCAUAUAGCACUCUCUCUCUCUGUCUCUCACAGCACAUGCCAGGCUCACAGCAGGGGACACGCUGGUGGUGAAGAUGGACAUAGAGGGCAAGGAGUGGGACGUGCUACCUGGCUCACAGCAGGGGACACGCUGGUGGUGAAGAUGGACAUAGAGGGCAAGGAGUGGGAUGUGCUGCCGGCAAGGCUGCAAGACCCAGGCAUGCCAGAGAUAGUGGACGAAAUAUCUGUGGAGGUGCACUACGCACCCCCUUCUGUGCUGGCCUGUCAGAUGGCACUGCAGUUUCUGGGUCACCUGUGCUGCUACUAUGCUGCUGCUGCUGCUGCUGCUCCCUCCAUGCUGGGCUUUGGCUGGCGCCCUGUGAAGCACACGAGAGAGGAAGCCACACAGCUGCUGUUAGACCUGCCGGCAACGAGUGACUGCCUCUCUCACUCUAACUUAUGCUUCAACCGCAGUAGAGGGGAGGUCUAA